GCCGGAGGGAAGGAAUUGGUUCCCUGAUCUGGGCUUGCCCAGGCUCUAGCCAGCUGUGGCUGAAGCAGCAGGAGCUGCCGUAUUAUGAUUUCUUUCAGCAGUUUCUGGUCAGGUUUGUGUGUUUUUACAUCUUGAUGUGAAAUGUCAACAAGGAUUCCCGUCUUUGUUCCUGAGACAGAAACUCAGAUAAGAGCAACAGGGAGAUGGCUGAAUCUGUGGUAAAUGCACCCCAGGGUCUGCUGACAUUCAGGGAUGUGGCUGUGGACUUCUCCCAGGAGGAGUGGGAAUGUUUGGAGUCUGCUUGGAGGGAUUUGUACAUUGAUGUGAUGUUGGAGAAUUACAGCAAUUUAGUCUUUGUAGGGAAACAUCAUGAGAAGGUCUUGGAUCAAGGCUCAAAGCACAUUGUCUAUGAGUUUAUGAAUAUUCAAGAGAAGUCUCAUAAAUGUAGUGAGCUUGGAAAAAUGAUUCAUGAAUCCUCCCAGUGUACAACUUACAGCACAAGUGAUAUUACAGAAAACUGCAGUGAGUACAGAUGUGGAAACAGCAUGGAAGCCUCUAUUGAUUCAUCAAACCUAAACAGACAUAGAAUUGGGAACACUGGAGAAGACCCCUGCAAACAUAAAGGCUGUGGGAAAUGUUUAAAUUUGUGUUCCAUCAUUAGUCAAAAUCAAAGGAUGCAUAUUAGGAAGAAAGAACACAGAAAUGCAGAGUAUGAUAAAUCAUUUGACUCUAAACAUAAACUCAUGCUGAAACAAAUCCUUAGUGGAGAGAAAGCACAACAAUGCAUGGAAUGUGGAAAAUGUUUCUGGGACUACUCAAGCCUCAGUAGACAUCAGAAAAUCCAUUCCAGAGAGAAACUCUACAAAUGUAAAAAAUGUGGCAAGGGUUUUUAUCAGUUAUAUCAG